AUGUUUUUGACACAUGAUCAUCCAGGCAUUCGAUGCAGAGAAGUCGUCAAUGUAAAUCCCUACACAACUAAGACAGGGUCAACACAGAGAAUAUAACAUAACAUAAUUUAUAUAGCGCUAACUCCACUAAUUGACCAAAGCGCUUUACAAUUCAUAAUAUUAAAAUAAUUAAAAAGAUCCCACUGGUAAUAACAUAUGAAUAACUGAGCAGUAUGUGGGGAAAAAUAGCAGAGACCUUGAACAAAUGCACUGUGCCGAAAUUCAGGGUUGAUAUAAAGCAAUGAGUCCGAGACCACGUGGGAAUCCUUGUUUACAAGCAUAAGAAGAAACUUCUAGCGAAGGAAAAAGCAACUGUGAUAACUCCCGAUGAGCCAACGGAACUGGAAAACCUAUUGGAUAUGAUCAUCGCAUUGGAGGAAAAAACUAGCAAAAAACUUCAAUACGAUCGGGCUAAAGCGGAAGAUGUUAGACUAAAAGCGAUGGAGAAGCUGUUAGGGACGAAGAAAAGAGGUUCUUCAGCGGAUGAAAGCGAUGACAAACCGAAGCGUCAACGAAGAAGUGGUGAUGCUAUCGAAUACUUAGCUGAAAGAGCUCAAGUAAGUGAUCAACUGAAAGAGAAGACCUAUUUAAAAGAUGAAGGGAGAUCAGCAAACUCUCGAGAGAGAAAAAAUGGAGGUUUUGAGUAAACAUCAAAUUCAUAUGCAACAGCAACAAGCAGAUAUGCUAAAACUUAUGCAACAGCAACAGCAACAGCAACAAAGCCAACAGCAGUUACUCAACUCUCAAAUGAUGAUGAUGAUGUACCUGCAACAGCAGCAAAGGCUUUGAUAGUGUUAUUGGAAAAAAUAAUAAGUAGUUAUUCAGUGUCUACAAAGAAACACUUUCAUAUUCAAUUGUUGUUGUGUUGUUAAUUAGUUGAACUUGAAGUUUUGCUUCACAUAAACAGUCUCUUUUGAGUAAUGUUAUUCUAGGCCAUUUAUUUCCCUCAGUGUUAAAGUUGCUACUACUGUUUUAACAACGUAUAUAUUUCUGGGAGACAGAAACAACAUAUUUUAACACCUUUUAUCACACAAUAUCUCUUUACAGUUCUUCAGUUUGUACAUUAUCCAACUUUUGUUUUGUUCUCACGCUGUAAACCUAGAGUUAGCGAAAAUAGUCUUGCAAUGAUGGAGGGUCAACACCAAAGUACUCAGCAGUUGUGUUGAAAUAAAGGCAGGUUAAAGCGUUUCGUAGAUUUGCACAGACUAUAUGCACCUUUACCAGUUUGACUUAAACCUAUCCUCAAAUUCUUUUUAAAAUCUAGAAAUUUCAAAUAGUUGAUGUCUGCGAAUACCCACUCCACAGAUGCACGUACUGCACUCAUUUUUUCGCUGACAAUUUCCAUUUGUCUGGUUAAAACCCCAACUCGGAAAGGAGCUUGGAGGUGGAUUCUAAGCGGGUAGGCUGGGUCACCAUAAACACAUUGCUCUGCCUGCUGGAUAGAAAGCAAAAUUUUUCAAAUCGUCAUACAGACCAGAAACUGCCAACAUUCGUGCAUCGUGCAUCCUUCCCUCUGUGAAAAAAAGGAAAAAAGUUCUAAAAUUAGAAACUUGUGCCAAACAACUUGAAUUGGGUGCCAAAGUAUGUACCUACCAACAGGACCAUAUAGAUGGCCAAUUAAUCCAUUUGGGAGAACAAUAGACUGAAAAUUAAGGGCAUGAACCCUUUUAUGUCCAUUGUAUACAAUUCUUUGGUUUUCAUCCGGUCUAGAAAUCGGGCGCAGAGUUCCAUCUAUGAAUCCAAAACAAUUUUCCAGUGCUGGUCCUUUGUUACUAAUGGCAUCAGCAUACUCAUUCAGUGCAGCAGGAUUUAACAGGUCGUGAUUCCACUGUGUUAUUUUGUGACCAUGAGUUGAGUACAUCCAGUCUACAACCUCAUUACUAAUCAUGCUAAGUUCUGGCACGGAUCGUCCAAAAAUAGGAAUGAUGUCGGAAUACCAGCACGGGUAAGCAAACCUCUUCAGCAUUAUACACAGGCCUUCGGCUCCAUCGCAAAUUUUUCCAUUGUGACUUCGGAACACAGGAGGUACUGUUAAUGCGUCAACAAGCAGAGGAAUGUCCCUCUUUUCCACUCGGGAAUCGACUUUACAUUCGGCUGGGUCUGUAUUCGCGAGGGAAAACUUUUCAUACCCCGAGUGAGGAAAAGGAAGAUUUCUCGGCCUGUAUGUAUCGCAAAGCAGAACAAACUCUUCUUCAUCUAUGAUUUCUUCUACUAGGCACAAACAAAGCAUUUCUUGGACUUUCUUAAAUGAUGCCAUGGCUAUUUCUGCGAAAGAAUUGCCAAAGAAUCACACUGGUAAAGAUCGGUUUGCAGCUGCGUCGUCUUGCAUCGCGACGGAGAUCUUAACUUUACUUUUCGCGCGCAAACGACGGCAUUCUAGUUCCAGUACUUUAUCAGCCACCACGUUCUAGAAGUCGUUGCAUCCCAGAUCUUUAAGUCCCUAUUGUCUCCAGACCCUAUUUGCUAUGGUGUCCUUGCCACGGGUACAAUUUUAGAGAUUGGACGUAGUUUCCCAGCCGUUCUUAAAAAAAGCAAACAGUAG